AUUUUUUAGGAGGAAUUAAAGUGUAAAUGUUCUCAAAAUCUCAUCAUGGUUUACCUUCUAGUGUAAUAAUUGUUGCAUUAUUGUUUUAACUUGCAUUAUCUAUCACUUAUCUGAUUAUCGAAAUUGCUAAUUUCAGAGUUUAUCCGGGGAUGUGUGAUAAGUUCAUCAAUUAACUGUUGAUAUAGAUGAAGAGAUUUGAUAAUUUUGUUGUGUGGCCAUGUGUUGAUCUCUAAAAAAAGUGUGAAUCAAUGCCAUGAGCACCCCCAAAUCCUUCCAUGCUUACCCUAGAUUUGACUUCGACCUAGAGUCCGGAUUGCCCCGGAAGGCCCGGAAAUCGAGCUCCCUUAAAAUGCUCAAGUCCUUCGGAAACCGAUUCCACCAUUUUUACAAGAUGCACCCGCUUUUAGUUUCGCUAAUCUCAUUGUCCUUGGGGCUCACCAUUCUAAUCGGGCUCUCAUUAUACGAAAGCCGGUUUAAAACGAUGGGUUACCGAAGGGGCGACGAGGUGGAUUUGCGUUCUGGUUCUUAUCCUUUUAAGAAUUUGCGUAAUCUUGUGAUGGUGGCGGGGCACGCGAUCUAUACGAGCAACAGUUGUGGGAAGAUGGAAAGCGAGGAUUCGUGGUUCUUGGAGCCGUAUCAAAAGCACACGGGCCAAGCCGCGACUUUUGUCUCACAUAUUAGAGAUGGCGUGGAGAUCGCGGCUAAGGAUGAGGGUGCUCUCUUAUUGUUUAGCGGCGGGGAAACCCGAAAGGAUGCGGGGCCUAGAAGUGAGGCACAAAGUUAUUGGGCCGUUGCGGAAUCAAAAAGCUGGUUCGGCAACGAAGAUAGUGUAAAGAGCAGAGCACUCACAGAGGAGCACGCCAGAGAUAGCUUCGAGAACCUUCUUUUUAGUGUUUGCCGGUUUCGAGAACUCACUGGCUCGUACCCGCAGAAUAUAACCGUCGUAAGCUAUGAUUUCAAGGAGGAGAGGUUCGCCCAUCUACACCGUUCCGCCCUCAAUUUGCCGCAAUCAAGGUUCUUCUUCGUCGGCACACCAGCCACUCCGACCGCAAAAGAGGCAGCAAUGAAAGGCGAAGCCUCAGUUAGGGCGCAAUUUCUCGAAGACCCUUAUGGGUGCUUGGGCUCUCUCCACCAAAAGAGGCUUAAGAGAGACCCAUUUCAUCGCACCGUGCCUUACCCUAAUGGGUGCCCCGAGCUCAAAGGCUUGUUCAGCUAUUGCGGGCCGGUCCCUUACCCCGGCUCGCUCCCGUGGACCCAGUAAGAUUCAAACUAGUGUUUGAGCUCAGCUUGUUUGUUUCCACUUCUUAGGUUCAGUACAAAUGGAGGAGCAGGUUAUAUAGCAUGAAAAAUCUUUUGCGAAGUUUGUACAAUACAAUAUUAUGCUUUGGAAUUGAUACAACGAUUUUGCGAUGAUUUAGUGCAUUUAUAGGAAAGAUACUUCACUGUACAACAUCGGCGGAACCUAUGGUUCCUUCGAAAAGUUAGGAGAGAAUGCGUUUACUCUAAUGCGACGGCCGAAGAGAUCAUCUUUGUGUACUGUAACUUUUCGAACUAGUUUAAAUGGUGAUUAUGGCCACUCAAAUAUUUCUCUUUUGCUCC